UCCGAGCCCUGAACGAGACCGGGAGUGGCCGUGACGGCGGGGAAAGCCGGGGGCUUGAUGCCACGUGGGCCCAUGUGGGUUCUUUUUCAGCCUCUCUAAUGCCCUUUCCCUAGCCACAGGCCCAUGGAGCCCACGAGGGACUAUCCACUGUUCGGGGGCGCCUUCUCCGCCAUCCUCCCCCCAGGGGCCAUUGAUGUGAGCGACCUCCGACCGGUCCCGGACAAUCAAGAAGUCUUCUGUCAUCCCGUGACCGACCAGAGCCUGAUCGUGGAACUUCUCGAGCUCCAGGCCCACGUGCGCGGCGAAGCGGCUGCGCGGUACCACUUUGAGGACGUUGGCGGGGUACAGGGGGCUAGGGCCCAGCAAGUAGACUCUGUGCAGACCCUCAGUGCGGAGAGCCUGGCCCUGCGCACCUGCUGUCCAGAAGCCUGGGUGCUCUCAGGCAAGCAGCAGGUGGCUAAGGAAAACCAGCAGGUAGCAAAGGAUGUGACGGUGCAUCAGGCCUUGCUACGGCUGCCCCAGUACCAAACUGACCUCCUGCUCACCUUCAAUCAGCCCCCCCCUGACAAUAGGUCAUCUCUUGGCCCUGGGAAUCUGUCACCUCCACCCUGGAGCCUGGGUGACUUUGAACAGCUGGUGACCAGCCUGAACCUUCAUGAUCCCAACAUCUUUGGGCCGCAGUAACGAUGUUGGGGCACUGUGUGAGGCUGCUGAGGACCUGGGGACCCCGUUCUGGGAGGCAUAAAAAACGAGGCUGAAUAUCUGGGUUUCCUCCUCUUCCUUCCCUGUGUGUAAACACAAGACACCUCCUCUCUGCAGAAAUAAACUUGCUUUAUA